ACUAAUGGGUGUUUGCGAGCGCAACCGGACCCGUGUGAUCAGCUGUGACCGUGGGAAACGGACCCAGACCAGCAAAAAUCCGCAAGAAAAGCCACGUUAAACCACAUCAUGGAGUUUAAGGAUUCUUGUCUUCACGCAUCGCUCAAAGGUUCACCGGGAGCCGUGAGCUAGUAUAAAGUAAACGGCUCCUCUUCAGCGCUGUUUACUUUGCGUGUUUUUUACAAGUUUGCCAUAUUAUCCUGGAACUCGUACUGUAACGCAUCAGCGCGCGUCCGUGUGCCUGCGGGGGAGCGGGGACGCGCAUGGAUCAAGGGCCCCCUCAGAACUCAAUCCAGAGCUCGGACCGUCAGCCGAGAGCACCCGGGGGAUGGACAGUGAGAGUCGGGCUGAACCCCUCCUCUUUAACGAGCACUUAUUAACACUGGAGUUACACUAUUUGUCGCAUUUUUAUCUUGAUUAAUAAUUUUAAAUCAAAGCUAUAUAAUUAUAAAAAUCAUGAGAAUAGCGUUUAAGCACUUUUGGGGCUAAAUUAAUUAUUAUUAUUAUUUUGGUAACAUUUUAUUAUUAUUAUUUUACUCAGUAGUUUACCCUAAGAGUGGGUCCUGUCAGGUUAGUAUUGGCAUAGUAUUGGCAUUUGCGAUAUUGUGAUGAGCCGUACAGGAGGUCGGACUGCAGCGCGCGGGGGAGGACUCUCCGGUGGAGUUAUUGCGCAGUUUUUAAGAUAACGGGAAAACGGAUGACGGACUGAGACACACUCAUGGCACAGAUUAUGUCUGCGAAAGAUAACGCCUGCCGCAAAUUUCAGGCCAAUAUUUUCAACAAGAGUAAAUGCCAGAACUGCUUUAAAGCGCGAGACGCGCACCUGCUCACAGAUGAAGACGUCACACAGGCAAAACCCAUCUAUGGUGGAUGGCUGCUCCUGGCACCUGAAGGAACACAUUUUGACAAUCCUUUACACAGAUCAAGGAAAUGGCAAAGACGCUUUUUCCUCCUGUACGAGCACGGACUGCUGCGUUAUGCGCUGGAUGAAAUGGCCAGCACUCUACCACAGGGCACUAUAAACCUGAAUCAGUGUGUGGACGUUGUGGAUGGUGAAAGCCGGACAGGACAGAAACAUUCGCUGUGUAUCUGCAUACCUGACCAAGACCAUUACAUACGUGCUGAGAGUAAAGAGGUCAUUCAUGGAUGGCAGGAGGCGCUGAUUGUGUUUCCUCGAACCAACAAACAGAACCAGAAGAAGAAACGGAAAGUAGAGACGCCCACCCCCCAGGAUACUGCUCUGCUAACGGGUCGAGGCUCUCAGCAGAACAUGAAUGGGUGUAUCGAACCGGGUCCUGCUAAAGUGACCGUCACUAGUACGAGCAGUAGCGACAGCAGUGGUAUGGUGUGUCUGCCCAGCACUAUAGCUCACGCUGAGAGAGUGCCACCCACCCGAGCCUCUCUAUGGCAGGAGGAAACAUGGAGUCGAGCUGCUGUAGCAACAUCCUGUUCGGCUACCAACCUUAGCCAACAUUCAGAGGUAUCUAGAAGCUUGAGUGUUGGUCGGACGCCUCGGGUGGAGAGUGGAUAUUUUUCACUGGAGAAUAACAAACCCAAAGAAGACGAAGGACGACAGCACGAGCAGGAGCCCGAACCACCGCAGCAGCUUCCCACUCUUUUCUCUGCUUCCUCCUCUCGCUUCAGGUAUCUCUCCUUCGAUCCUGAACAUUUCAGCUCCCCAGUCAACACUUCACAGACCACACAAACACCACACACUGCUGCUAACACACAGACUGCUAAACCACCGAACGCCAGUGCUAACAAACGCAACACACACUCUGACAACACACAAAGACCAGAGGAGCAUCUUUCACCUGAAACACACACUCAUGACUACAUGGAUGCCACAUCACUGGAUUUCAAGCCCUCUUCAGACACUAAACUUGCACACACACGCCUCCACGCAAACAUUCUCCCAUCAUCCCUGUCAUCUUCUCGGAGCUCUUUGAACUCUGAGGUGAGUCCACAAAACUGCGGCUCUAUGCCUGGUGUGGGCGGAGCCUCAGGCAGGGCGGGGCGAGGCGGGCAGAGUUACGCGGCCUUGGCGGAUGUGCCACGGGCACGGAGACUCAGUCAUCGGGAAGCGUUCCGAUCCAAUCAUUGGCGACCGGAGCUGCGAGCGUGCACAAAGAGCCCGGGUAGGGAGGAAGUAGAACGACUAUUCGGACUGGACCGAAGGCGCUCUCAGUUCAUCGAGAGAUUUGAGGGUCACGACACUGUCGACACUCCGGAGCAAAUGGACACAACAAAUUCUUCAGCAGAGCCCGCCCCUUCCAUCUCCAGAACGGCCAAUCAGAGAGCAGGACGCAAUGAGAGGCGCCUCUCCAACCAGAAACAGGAGUUUUCGUUGGAUUCAAGUAAAGACCGAACAGAUGCCGUUUCAUCACAAUCUGGUUACAGAAGGGCCAAAAGUCUGGACCGCAGAGCCACAGAGACACUCAUGACUCCUGACCUGCUGAACUUUAAGAAAGGAUGGAUGACCAAACUAUACGAAGAUGGACUGUGGAAGAAACACUGGUUUGUUCUGACGGAUCAGAGUUUGAGGUUCUACCGGGACUCCAUCGCUGAAGAGGCUUCCGAUUUGGACGGAGAAAUUGAUCUGUCCAUAUGUUACGAUGUGACCGAAUUCCCAGUUCAGAGGAACUAUGGCUUCCAAAUCCUGAGUAAAGAGGGGGCGUUCACGCUGUCUGCGAUGACCUCUGGGAUUCGUCGCAACUGGAUUCAGGCCAUUCUUAAGAACAUGCGGCCCACUGUUGCCCCGGAUGUCACACGGAAAAACACAUCUCUGAAACUUUCAGUUCUUAUGCCCAGUUCUCUUCCAGAGGAGCAAAGCAGAUCAAAUGUUGAACAAAAAUUCAUCCAGCCCUCUCCAAACUCUUUACAACUCUCUAACAGCUCUGGAGGUGAAGCCAAAAGGUCACAUGAGAACAUCACAGACCCUAUUUCUCCCCCUGAGCAACGCAAGAGUCUCUUCAAGCGAGAGGGACGGUCAAAAACUUUCGACUGGGCCGAGUUUCACCCAGGACAGGAAAAUGAGAGUAACCGACCCUCAAGGAAGAGGGCAGAUACUUCAGUCAUUACCUCCACAUCAUCUCCCUCCUCCAUCUCCUCAGCUGCUUCCUCUCCCAUCUCUAGUUCCUCCUCUCAUCUGACAUCCUCCUCCAUUACUAUCAACAGCCAUACUGACAAAUUGCCACAACAAGAUGAAGAAGAAUUGGUGCAGAAUACUAUGUGCCAGGAACACCAUCUUCAGACCACACCUACCUCGACUACGUCUGAACCCCCUUCAAAACUCCCCUAUAAAGUGCCACAAGAACAGGUGAGAAUAGAUGGAGACCAACCCAGAGACAUGCAGGUGGUCGAUGGUCAUCAAGUGGCCCGCAGAAACUCUGACGUCCAAGUAGAGAUCGAGCAGAGGUGGCAACAGGUGGAGACCACGCCCCUCAGAGAGGAAAAGCAGGUGCCAAUCACUGGUAGCUCCGCCCCUAACACCUCAAAUGCACCUGUUGGAGAGAGGCUCCACCCACAAGAGCUUACCACCAUACUGGAAAAGGAGUUGGGUCAGGCACAAAGGGAGCUGGCCAGACUCCAACAACAGAACAGUGUUCUACAGGAACAACUUCAGGAUUUUCAUGGGAGAGAGCUGAAUGCCCGAGAAGGAUACAUACUACAGGCGACAUGCGAGCGUGGAUUCGCCGCGAUGGAGGAAACUCAUCAGAAGGUCAUCGAAGACAUUCAGAGGCAGCACCAGCGAGAAAUCCGGAAACUUCUAGAGGAGAAAGAAAGACUGCUAGAGGAGGAAACCAAUGCUACUAUCGCUGCAAUUGAAGCCAUGAAAAACGCUCAUCGAGAGGAACUGGAAAAAUCGCAGCGGGCGCAAAUGAGCGGUGUGAGCCCAGACAUCCAGGAACUGCGUAGACAGUAUGAAGAGGAGCUGCAGUCCAUCUAUCGUGAGCUGGAGGUUUUAUCCGAGCAGUAUUCCCAAAAGUGUUUAGAGAACGCACAUUUGACUCAAGCGCUGGAGGCAGAGAGACAAGCGUUGGGGCAAUGCCAGAGAGAGAACAACAAACUACACACACACAACCAGGAACUAAACCAUCGUUUGAAUGAAGAAAUCACUCGAAUGCGCUCCUGCGCCAGUGGAGACAAAGCAGCUUACUCGCUGACUCAGGGCAAAGACAUCUAUGAACUGGAGGUUUUGUUGCGUGUGAAGGAGUCAGAGAUACAGUACCUCAAACAGGAAAUAAACUCUCUAAAAGACGAGCUGCAGUCAGCAUUUCGGGAUAAGAAGUAUGCAUCAGAUAAAUACAAAGACAUUUACACGGAGCUGAGCAUCGUGAAAGCUAAAGCUGAUUGUGACAUCAUCAAGCUGAGAGAGAAACUACUGGCUGCUACAGAAGCACUCGGUGAAUUAGACACUGAGGGAGGGGCCGUUACCGCUGGAUACGACAUCAUGAAGUCGAAGAGUAACCCAGAUUUCCUGAAAAAAGAAAAGUCCAGACAGUUACGCGGGGUCAGGUCAAAGAGUUUGAAAGAGGGAUUGACAGUCCAGGAGCGAAUGAAAUUGUUCGAAUCGAAAGACUCCAGGAAGAUAUAACGUGUCUCCUGUGCAUCUUCCUUGCUUUCAUUUCUUCCUUGCUUUCAUAUCUGUCUGUCUGUCUGUCUGUCUGUCUGUCUGUCUCUGUUUCUCAGAUAGAUAUAUAGAUAGGUAAAGAGAGACAGAGAUAGAUCUAUCUAUCUAUCUAUCUGUCUAUCUAUCUAUCUAUCUAUCUAUCUAUCUAUCUAUCUAUCUAUCUAUCUAUCUAUCUAUCUAUCUAUCUAUCUAUCUAUCUAUCUAUCUAUCUAUCUAUCUAUCUAUCUAUCAUCAGAGACAGACAGACAGACAGAUGGAUUCUCUGUAUCUGUCUGUCUUUAUUUCUUUCCCAUUUAUAUUCUAAAUUUAUGAAUUUCUUGAUUAAGAUCUUGCUUAGACAAAAGUCUCUUCUUUUUGUGUUUUACAGGUGUUUUGUGUGAAUUAAGGGGUUGCAAUGUUUCAAUAUUUUCACAGACCAUCAUUUUCUGCCAACCUUCAACUCUAAUGAACCUCAUUUUGUUAUGUUUUCUCUGAAUAUUAUGAGCAAGUUAAUGCUUCUCACCACCAGUAUACAUUGACACUUAAAACACUCAGUAUUUAUCGCUGCUUCUAAAGAAUGCUAAAUGUGGAUGUGAGUUUUUCUUGGAAAACUGAUUGCUGUUCUGGUCUAUAUUGGUGAUAUUUGCAUGAUUUUUGAGAGAUAAUUGUCAAAAGAGUGAUGUAAUUUUGCCAAUGAUAUUGUAAAUAUGAGUAAAGUUGUGUGUGCGCACAAGUGAUGAUGCUUUUCAGACUUUAUAGUACUUUAAUAAGAAAUGAUUUAGUUUAUAUAAGCUGGGUAAUUUGAGCAUUUUGUAGUGUGUAUAUUUGACUGUCAAGAGUUUUUGGGUGAUUUGUAAAAUGUGCCGAAAUCAUUUACUUGAGGGGAAUCAAAUUGCUGUUUUAAUUGCUUUUGUUUUGCUUCCAUGUACUAAAUCUAGAUCAACCAAACUUGAUAUCUACUGUCAGUCUUGCGGCAUAAAACCUUUGUUUGGCUACUGAUAUUGAGCUUAGUUUUGUCCUGUAAUUACAUAUGAACAGAGGAACUUUUAUACUGUGGAAUAGUUUUGUUAUUCCAGCAUUUGUGUUUUGAGUUUGUUUAAUACUGACCUUUGCAUGAAUAUGAAGCACUUUGAUAAAGUCACAAUAAUAUAUUUACGUGCUCUGAUUUUGACACAUGUGAUUCCAUAUUCCUUCUGUUCCAGAAUUCCGAACGUAUUGAACACAACAGAGAAAACUAACUGUAUAAUAUUCAAUACUUGCUUUGUAAAUACAGUAUUUGAUUUUAGAGAAAAUGUCUUUAUUCUGUUCUCUCGGUCUACUAAAGAAAAUUCUUUAUAUCCAUCUAUAUACAGUAUGUCUACAUUAAAUUGCCAAUCAAUAUGAAUAUUUUAAUUUUCAUGUGUGAAUGUGAUCUGUAAUUAAAAUGUUUUUGUUUUUUAACCAAUUCUGCUUGAUAAAAGGUAGCUGUUCUUUAAAAAAUGUAAAAUGUCAGCCUGUGGUCAGAUCAAUCGUAUAAGUUUUCGUUCUUUAAAAAGAAGAAAAAAUGAAUAAAAUAUUCCGGGGUUAUCUCAGGUUGUGAAAGCAAACAAAAAUGUGUGGACAAACAUGUAUGCUAAAAACAUCAUAUUUAUCUGUGCC